UUUGAAAAAUCAAGCCCCAAUAACUACGCCACAGUCCAGCAACUCCCGUUGCCAGAAGGAAAAAAGCUUCCCAAUUGCCAUUUCCUGCGCUAAAAAAACUCCUCUCGUAUCGCUCACUGAUGGGUUUCGCCGGAAGUUGGGCCGUGCCGGCCAAGCUGUGCGACUCCUGCAAGUCCGCUGGAGCCGCGGUGUUCUGCCGCUCCGACGCGGCGUUCCUCUGCCUCGGCUGCGACUCCCGGAUCCACGGGGCCGGCAAGCUACCCGCCCGCCACGAGCGCGUCUGGAUGUGCGAGGUCUGCGAGCAGGCCCCCGCCGCCGUCACCUGCAAGGCCGACGCGGCGGCCCUCUGCGUGACCUGCGACGCCGACAUCCACUCCGCGAAUCCCCUCGCCCGCCGCCACGAGCGCGUGCCCGUGGAGCCGUUCCUCGAUGCCGCCGAGUCCAUGGCCAAGGCCGUCUCCGCCUUCAACUUCCUCGCCGUACCCAACAAGACCGGCAGCUCCGACACGUGCGGCGGCGCGUGCCAGAACGAGGAGUUGGAAGCGGCGCCGUGGCUAUUCCAGAACACCGCCGGUGCGAGUACUAAUAAGAUUGGGGAAGGAAUGGAUGUGAAAGUAGCGGCGGGUGGUGGCGGAGAUGUGUUCUUCAACGACAUGGAGACGUUUCUUGAUUUUGAGUAUGGCAACAACUCGAUGGAUAGGUUUCAUGGGUCGGCCACCACCGAUAGCCUUGUGCCUGUCCAAACCAAACCCGCUCCGGCGCCGGUGGUUCAUCCAUCGUCGGAGAAUUGCUUCGACAUCGAUUUCUGCAGAUCCAAGCUCACGUCCUUCAGCUACCUCAGCCAAAGCGUGUCAUCGUCUUCACUGGACGUCGGAGUCGUACCAGAAGGGAACUCCAUGUCCGAUAUCUCGUACCCUUUCGUCCAAAGCAUGAGCGGGAACAGCACCGAUCCGAGCAUCACAAACUCGGCAGCCACAACCACAGCAACGGCGAAUCAACCGACUCCGGUGUGCGGGAUGGACCGCGAAGCUAGGGUACUGAGGUACAGAGAGAAGAGGAAGAACCGGAAGUUCGAGAAGACGAUCCGGUAUGCCUCGAGGAAGGCCUACGCCGAGACCCGGCCGAGAAUCAAGGGCCGUUUCGCCAAGCGAACGGAGAUUGAGUCGGAAGUGGACAACAUCUACGGGACCGCCACCGCAGCAUUCAUGGGCGAUUCGCGAUUCGGGGUCGUCCCGUCAUUUUGAUCAGAUCGACCGCCGGUGGGGGGUAGCGGUUUAGCAGAUGUUUGUGCAACUAAAUGUGCCUACGUAGCUUGUACGGUUUGCUUGAAUGUGAUUUACAUUUUUUGCACCUAGUUUAAUGGUAAGGUGUUGUCUUCUACCAUCGUAUAUCGUGCAAUACUGGAAGUUUUUUGAUGGGCUGA